GGCUCCAUGGCUGGGCAUCGGGUAGGGCAAAGGUCGGGGCGCAACGCAAAAUGUGCUUCGGGGUUUAAGCAGGCGGGGAAUUAUCUGUCGGGGACGCAAGAUCUCGUGAAUGAAGCGCAGAGGUGAAGGAUUGGAUGGCGAGCGGGGUGGAAUUUCGCGGAGAGGUGGAAUUUGGAGUCCAUGAAUGCAGCGCGAGGAUUUGGGUCGGCUCGACUUAAUGUGGGUUGAGGUUGUGCGUGUAGCAUGUAGAGAGAUGUGCUGCUGCCCUUCGUCAGGAAUCGCAAAUGACAACGCUGUCUAGAUUGUCCACUGUGUCGCAGUUACCAGGUAAUUGCCUGAGAAGCCUGAGGACGUUCAAGAGUAGAUCAGUCAUGCGGUCGCCCUUUUGCGGUGCUGCUCAAAUUUCCUCCCUGCAGGUUGCGAAAUUUAAUCUGUUCGAGAGGUUGUCCAUCGAAAGUGUCCCACUGUUCCAUGGCCCGCCGACAUUGACAUCGACUUCGACGGUCAGUGCGAGAUGCACUCAAAACGCCGGAGUGAGGUCUGUUCUUGAGAAUGUGACUCCCGUUCAUGCGGCACUUCAAACAAAGUCGGGAAUCUUGCCGGCGCGUUUAUUUUCUCCAGACCUUGUGUCCAAUUGUUCGAUAUUUAUACGAAAGGCUUCAACACGAUCAAAAUCCAGGGCGGAGGCCAUCGCUAGGCACAGUGUAGCUCAGCCAUCCAAUUUGGGAAACGAUGAACCGGAGCAGUAUGAGAAUGAGCUCGUUGCUCGUGACCACGUUCUUAGGUAUCUGCAGAGUGAAGGUAUUGAUGUUACGGAGCUUGAGGACGUGGGUCUUCCACCUUCCGUGGCAGUCAUGAAAGAGAGGGUUACAUUUCUUAGAAAAAUUGGUCUGACCACAAAAGAUAUCAAUGGAUAUCCGCUAAUGGUUGGAUGUAGUGUGAAGAAAAAUCUGGUGCCUGUGCUUAGCUACUUGGAAAAAUUGAAUGUGGAGGCUAGAUUUCUGCCCGAUUUCAUCAGAAAGUACCCCAUGGUUCUGAACUCCAGUGUGGUGAUGGACAUGGAGCCCGUUGUGGAUUUUCUCCUGGGGAUAGGCAUAGCCAAGGAAGCUCUCGGUAGGGUUUUGACUCGGUAUCCUGAUAUCCUGGGGUUCAAGAUCGAGGGUACGAUGAGCACAUCCGUCGCGUAUCUCGUUAGCUUAGGUGUAAACAUGAGAGAAGUUGGCCCCAUGGUCACCGAGUAUCCUGAAAUACUCGGCAUGAGGGUGGGCAACAACAUAAAGCCCAAGGUAGAUUAUCUUCUUAGUCUAGGGAUUCCGAAACAGGUCAUGUCGAAGAUUUUGGAGGUCAAGCCAUUCAUCUUAGGGUUCGAUCUUCACGACAGAAUGAAACCGUGCAUUAGGGAUCUGUUGCAGCUUGGUGUGAAGGAAGAGAACGUCGCACGGGUUAUCAUACAGUAUGCCGAUGUUCUGGGACUGGACGUCAAGCAGAGGCUGGAUUCCAAAAUGGGUUGGCUCACCAAGCAUGCCGGCGUCAAGCGCGAGGAUAUUGGUCAAAUCAUCGAGAAGCUUCCUCAGAUUCUGGCGAUCAACAUCAAAUUGGCUCAAACGAGAGUUGAUUUUUUGAAAGAGUCAGGCUUCACAGUCGAAGAGAUAGGCUCUAUGGUAGCUAAGUGUCCCCAAAUUUUGGCCAUUAGCAUCGAAGAGUCGUUGAGACCUAACUUCGACUUCUUUAUUGUCGACAUGAAGAGACCUCCGUCGGAGCUUGUGGAGUACCCCUCAUACUUUACGUACAGUCUGGAGAAGAGAAUUCGACCCCGGUACAUACAGAUAGAACAAAGAGAUAUCAAGUGUAGUUUGCCUUGGUUCCUGAAUUGUAGUGACGCCAAAUUCGAAGAAAGGUUGCAGGUGGAUUUCGUUGAGAGACCGGAUGACGCCGAAACAGAGGAUUUUUUCAUCAUGGGAGGACGCAUGAAAAUUAAAGGCGAGGAUAUGAAAGAAGCACUUGAUAGUGACGACGACUUCGCCGAGAGUUCCUGAAGACUGUCACUUAACUUACGCAAAGGGUUGAUCUUGCAGUCUUCUUCCUAAACCCUAAACCUUUCAUAGUACAUCUAACCGUGUAUCAUUAAUAUAAAUGCAAAUUGUCUCCACUCCAGAAUUUUCACGAUUCCAUCACCUAACGCUGUUAGCAGAUUAAGCGAUGCCCUCUCUUU